AUGGCUGCAAAACUUAAGGGUAGAGCUUAUCUAUCUUCCUUUGUUGAUGCUGUUUUGAACAAGCUCUCUUCACUUGAUGUCAACUCAACCCCAAAUGCAAGGAAGUUAGCUGACCAGAAGUUGCUUCAAAAGCUGCGGAAGAGUCUCCGUGCCACUCGACCUGUGCUUGAUGAUGCUGAGCAGAAGCAGAUCAGAGACCAAGAAGUGAAGAAAUGGCUUGUUGAUCUCCAAGAUGCUCUCUAUUUGGCUGAUGAUCUUUUGGAUGAACUCUCCACUAAAGCUGCCACUGCCACCCCCACCCAAAGGGAUCCAGGUAACUUUUCUUCCCAGUGUCACUCUGCUGUUAAUUCAAUGGUCGAAUAUACUGAUGAUGAUGAGAUGGAGGUAGUCGAUAACAUGCAAGACAUAGUUGAUAAACUAGAGUCUAUCGUUGAGGAGAAAGAUGUUCUUGGUCUGAAACAAGAGGUUGCUGAAGAUCUAGAGGACAUAUCAUGGAGAAUUCAGUCAUCUCUGAUUGAAUCUUCUGAUAUUUAUGGCAGGGACAGUGACAAGGAGGCCAUAGUUGAGUGGUUGUUAGAUAAUACUUGCAAUGAUAAACUGUCUGUGAUCUCUAUAGAAGGCAUCGGUGGAAUCGGAAAAACUACUUUGGCUCAGUGGGUUUACAAUGAUGCGAGAAUGAAGGAAAAGUUUGCCAUUAAAGCAUGGGUGUGUGUUGCUACAAAAUUUGACCCUGUUAAUGUUACAAAGGCUAUAAUAGAGGACAUAACCUCUUCUCCUUGUAAUAUGGUUAACUUGAAUUCACUUCAAACUGAAUUGAAGGAAAAGUUAACAGACAAGACAUUCUUAAUUGUCUUGGAUGAUGUUUGGGACAAUCAGCAAAAUUUGUGGGACAAUUUUUUAAAGUCUUUUUUGUGUGGGAAUAAAGGAAGUAAAAUUCUUUUAACUUCUCGUAAUAAAAAUGUUGAUUCUGUAGUGUCAACUACUAAUCGACAUUACUCACUACACACAUUGUCUCCCAAUGAUUGCUGGUCAAUGUUUUUGAAACAUUCAUCUCUUUCUACUGAUUCUACACAAUAUACAACUCUAGAACAAAUUGGUAGAAAAAUUGUUAAAAAAUGUAAGGGGUUACCUUUGGCUGUGAAGACACUGGGGGGUUUAUUGCGCAAUAAGUAUAAUGAAGGAGAUUGGGAGAAUAUAUUAGAAAGUGAAAUUUGGGAACUUUCAGAAGAUGAUAGUAAGAUUGUUCCUGCAUUAAGAGUUAGUUAUCACUACCUCCCUUCACAUUUAAAGCGGUGUUUUGUUUAUUGCUCACUAUAUCAUGAGGAUCAUCAAUUUGGCAAAGAUGAAUUAAUGUUGCUAUGGAUGGCUGAAGAUCUUUUACAACCAAUGGGAAACAACACAUUAGAAAAUAUUGGUUGUGCGUAUUUUGAUGAAUUAGUUGCAAGAUCAUUUUUUCAACCGUCUAGUACUGAUAUUAACUUAUUCGUAAUGCAUGAUCUCAUGCAUGAUCUAGCAACAUCUUUCGCUGGGAAAUUCCAUUUCAAAGUCAAAGAAAUUGGAAACCCACAAAAGAUUUUCAGCAAAACUCGUCAUUUGUCAUAUACUGAAAAUCUUGGCGAUCUAGUCUCAAGAAUAAUUGGAGAGGCUUAUAAUGGAGCAAUGCAUAUGAGAACAUUUCUACAAUGUCAUUUUCGUUCAAUCUGUGGUGAAAGUGAUUUGCUGUUGGUGCUGCAAUUGAGAUGCCUAAGAGUUUUAUCAUUUAAAGGCUUUAAUAUUCUAUCAUUACCUGAUUCCAUAGGGGAAUUAAUCCAUUUGCGUUAUUUAGAUCUCACUUUUACACUUGUUGUGACAUUGCCUGAGUCAUUGUGUAAAUUAUACAAUCUCCAAACCUUGAAGUUGAGGAGAUGUUAUAAAUUAGAGAAGCUUCCCAGCAACAUGCAAGAUCUUGUGAACUUGCGCCACCUUGAUAUUGAAGGAGCUUCGUGUUUGAAAGAGAUGCCAAAGAGAAUGAGUAAGUUAAAACACUUGAAUUUAUUAGGAGAGUACAUUGUCGGAAAGCAUGAGGAGAAUGGGAUAAAAGAAUUAGGAACACUUGACAAUCUUCAUGGCUCAUUCUGCAUUUCCAACUUAGAGAAUGUCAACAAUAGCGGAGAAGCUUCGGAGGCAAAGAUGGGCAACAAGAAGCACAUCAACAUUUUAAAACUGAAAUGGCUUCCACAUGGCGAUGGUGAUAAUGUUGAUGUUGAAAGUGAAAGAGAUAUACUUGACAAGUUACAACCUCACCGGAACUUGAAAGAGUUGUUAAUUGAUGGUUAUAGGGGUGAAAUAUUCCCCGAUUGGUUAGGCCUAGGCCUUUCUUGCUGCUCCAAUAUUACAAAAUUGAGUGUGGUUCGUUGUAAGAACUGUUGUGAGCUCCCUUCACUGGGACAGUUACCAUCUCUGCAGGAACUGAAUAUUUUUGAACUUGAUGGGCUGGAGAGAAUUGGUUGCGAGUUUUACAAGAACGAUAAAUCAAUUCAGCAGGAGACACCCUUCAAAGCUCUUCGAAGACUGUUGCUUGGUGGAAUGCACCGGUGGCGAGAGUGGCAUGUUCCUGAUGAGUUUGAUUGUUUUCCUAAGCUUGAAAGGCUUUUGAUAGUAGACUGUCCGGUGCUAACCGGAGAUCUGCCAGCUCACCUUCCAGCCCUGGAGGAACUUCUCAUUGGUGGAUGCGAAGAGCUCGCAUGUUCACUGCCGAGAGCUCCCAAGCUUUGCCAAUUACUUGUAUUGGGUACGGCGACUUCUGCAGAGGAGGCGGAACCGCACAAGGUAGUAAUUGUAGAGACGCAGCUAGCCAAGUCCGUAUUGGAGUGCCUUCCCCACAUCCGAUCGCCGUAUCUCCAAACUUUGAGAAUCAAGAAUUGUUGGUCGGCAAUACCAAUUUCAGGAGAUUAUUUCCCUGAUUCAUUACAAUAUCUGCAAAUCGGUAUGUGUCCAAAAUUAACAUUCUCAGAGCAACUGCAACACAAGUCGCUAAUGGAGAUACUUUUGUACAAGUGUGAUUCACUGACGUCAUUUGCAUUGGGGGCCCUUCCAAGUCUCCGUGUCUUACAAAUCUCAGAGUGCCCCGGUUUAGUAUCCAUGCCAGCGCUAAGGCUGGCUGCGCCCCACCUAGAAGAGCUGUGUGUAGAGAAAUGCCAAGAAAUGGAACCUUUUGGAGAGGACUGCCUGCCGUCAAGCUUGACAACUCUUAGGAUCUACGAUUGCAAGAAACUAGAGAGGUGGAUAACAUCAAACGGUUUGCAGACUGAAGGCCUUAUCCAUCUUUUCCUUAUAGAGUGGAAUGAAGUUAAGUCGUUCCCAAGAGAGGGCUGCCUUCCUGCUUCCCUUCAGUCUCUACAAUUGUAUGACUUUGCAAAUCUGGAGACGCUAGACUGCAAGGGUCUUCAGCAUCUCACCUCCCUUCAAACAUUAGCAAUUGAAGACUGUCCAAAGCUGGAGAAUAUCACACAAGAAAACCUGCCUGCCUCCAUACCAAAACUCAGAUUUGAGGGAGAAUGUCCUUUGAGGCGUAAGCUGGAAGAGAUGAAUGAUCCACGGAUUCAGUUUGAAACUUAGGACACAGACUAGGAGGAUCAGUUUUGUUCAUUCUGUUUUUCCACCAUUUCUUCAGGGAUUCUGUCUAUUAAUAUGUUAUGGAGGAGUCCAUAUUGAUUAAACCAAGGUUCUUGAUAAGAUGAUAGACCCACAAAUUCCAUCCGAAAGUUAUGGCAAAUGUAAAUAGAAAGGAGCCAAGAUCUUUUAUUCCAUCAGUGUUCUUCAAAAUACUUUACAUUUUGCCUCCUAGCAAUCAAAGUUCUUACAUAGCUGGACUUUCCAUCAUGCUACACGUUAGUGAUAGCAAAACAAGAUUGAAUCAAAUAUGAAUAUAAAAUGGCUGGUGCUUCAGCUAAUCCCUUCAAUUUGGUUCAACCAAGCAAGAUUGUCACCAAGAUAUUUUCACUUAAAUAUUGCCAAAAUUUUCGUAUCAUGUCUCUUCUUUGGGUUGGCCUAUUGGAGCAGCCUAAAUGCACUUCACAAUAAAAUCAAUCAUAUGAUGGUAGUUAUGUGUAACUUGGAUUUCUAAGUCCAACCGCAUGCUGGAUCUAAAUCUGAACUCUCCAUUUGCAACAAAGUCGAUGAAAGAAGAGGAGCAAAGGGACAACUUCUGCAUUCAAAUUGUUUCUUUUACUACACGUGAGAAUGCACAUUAUUUGAAAUGCACAACAUGCAGCCUCUUUGUUGGUGAACAAACGAUGGAGUCCACUGUUGGGUAAUUAUUCCCUUGAAAGCUAAACUGAUAUGGGGAGCCUCAAGCCCUCAACACAAUAUGAAGACAACGUUUCUCAACCCAAGGUGGAAAAAGAAGGCUGAUGCGUCAAGGUUGAUUAUAGCGGCAAUUGGUUAAAGGCUAAGAAUGUUGAGGAGGUUUGUGAUUCCUGAGAAUGCCAUUGGGAAGUGGUUAAUAGCAUACAAUCCAUUCUUACACAAUAGAUCUAAACAUCUCAAAUCAUAUUCUUUCCUCUUUUUUUUUUUGGUGAGAGGGAUUAAAUCAUUAAGAAUAAAUUGUUUUUGUCUCACAUUCCCUCAACUGAUCACCAUUGCUCACAGAAAGUGUGUCAAAUUGUCUUUGUAA